GGCAGUAUGCGCGGUUUAGCUCUUCUAUAUAAGGUGGUUGCCGCGCUUUGCUGGCCACUGUUGUGCUUCAGGAACGAGCCAAGACAUGUCGGGGGUACGUUGUAGUAGGUGUCUGGCGGUGAUAGCGGCCUGCGUCCUGGCGGCGGCGCUGGUGUCUGCGCAGAUCACGUUCAGUCGCGACUGGACGGGCGGCAAGCGGGCCGCUCCUCAACUCGCCCUCGACUGCGGACAGUUCACCAGGCUGUGUCGCCACUUCGUACACGAGCUGAAGCAAGCUCUGACGUCGGAGAUGGCCAGCAAACACCAGGAGUUGGACAAGCCACCUCUGUACGACGAAGAGUAGCGCCUGCUUUCAAACUGUUCAGGCAGACUCCCGAACUCACGGCCAGAUUAUUAACACAUGAAUAGGAUAUACUUACAAUUGACUCGAGUACUUUGUUUAUUCAUUUAUUAUCUAUAUUUAUUUGGGUAUUUCUUCAAUGUUUUUUGCGGUAAACAAGUCAUAUUUAUUAAAAAAAAACUAGCUUAAGCCAGCGUAAUCAAAAGUAGCCAUAUUUGAAUCCCGACCAUAAUCUAAUCCUUUUCCAAAUUUCAUCAUGAACCCUCUAACCGUUUUGACAUGAUUGAGUACCUAACACAACAUGUACACAGACACAAACACGGUCACAAACUUACGCAUUCAAAAUGUUAUUUAAAUUAUUAGUAAGACUACACAGAUCGUAUUUUUUGCUAGCGUGAUAGCUUAAGCUCUUCUCAGUACUCCAGACUCUGUGAAUGUACAAUUUCAAUACAAUAGGAAUGAUGUCAGUGUAUGAAAAUUAAAAACCUAAUU